GCUCCCUUUGCCAAGAACGCUCAACAGGAAGAAGUGUUUGCCCACGGAGGUGACCAAGACAGAGGCUGUGUGAACAAGGAAGGAUGUCGCCAUAGCAGAAGAGCGUAUUCUCGGGAGAAGGAGUCUCUGCCCACCUCGCAGGCAUUAGACUCCCGGGAAGGUCCCCACCUACAAACCAGCCAAGCCUUCCAGGGAGAGGGCAGGCCUCCUCAUCUCCUUCAUCAUGAACUGGCACAUGAUCAUCUCUGGGCUUAUCGUAGUGGUGCUUAAAAUUGUCGGAACGACCUUAUUUCUGCUUUAUUUCCCACAGAUUUUUGGCAAAGGUAAUGACAGCUUCAGCCCCAUAGGGAGCAACGGAACAGUCCCCCCAACUUUCAGGAGUGGUUAUGUCAGUGCCAUGCCCACGGAGAGCUCUGGGACAGUCUGCCCCAGAAGGUGGGAUUUUCAUCAAGGAAGAUGUUUUUUCCUCUCCACCUCUGAAAUGUCUUGGAACCAGAGCAGGGACUAUUGUGAAACAGAAGCAUCUACUUUGGCCAUUGUCAACACUCCCGAGAAACUGAAUUUUCUCCAGCACAUAACUGGUGCCGAGAAGUAUUUUGUUGGCUUACUAUACCAGAAUGCAGAGAAAAGGUGGCGUUGGAUCGACAAGUCCAUUUUCAAUGGCAAUGUUACCAAUCAGCAGCAGAAUUUCAACUGUGUGACCAUAGGCCUAACAAAGACAUUUGAUGCUGCAUUAUGUGACACCAAGUACCGCUGGAUCUGCGAAAGGAGUGCCGAGAAAGCGGUCGGGGCUGUCUGACAAGAACAACGAAUAUACCUAUGGAGACAGCAAGAGAGAAUAUUGACGAUUGGGACCAAUUCAAGAAAUACCGAACACCACACUACUGCGCCAGUCUUCCACAGGUUACUAGCGGAGCUUCCUAAGGCAUCCUUAGGCUAAUGCACCAGCCCCUCCACAAAUACACUUGCAUAUGCACAACUGAGGCAAACUUCCACUCUGAGUCCCCGUGGGAGUCACACCGGUGAUUCUUUUGGGAUCCACACAGGUCAUCCAGUCAAUGAUCCUUUCAUCCAUCUGUCUACUAGGAGGGGUCCAUGCCUGUUUGGGGAAAUGAGCUUUUGCAUUCCGCUUUGGGGGGCUGGAGACUAGCCAUCUCCAGAGGACAGGGUCGGUUUUAUGGAGACAAGUCAGUUGGAACAGUCGUGUCUGUUUCUAUAGAACCGAGCA